GUCAGGUUAAUUAUGUGUUCACCGAUAAGACUGGCACUUUGACUGAAAAUAUUAUGUUAUUCAGACAAUUGAGUGUUUGUGGUCAAAAAUUUUUACAUGUUAAAGAUGGUAAUAGAAUCGACACUGAUGAAUUGUUAAAAAUGUUAUCUAUGUCUUCACCAAGAUCAAAAAAAUUGCUUACAGUAGCUUCGAUUUUAUCUUCAAAACAACGAAAGAAUAAUACCGAUGAUCUUAAUGAUGAUAUAAUACCAACUGCUUCAGUAACUCAAACUGGUGACAUAAUUUAUCAGGCUUCUUCACCUGACGAAUUUGCUAUUGCUAAUACUGCUAAAGAUUUGGGUUAUACCAUCACGGAUCGUUCUAUGGGAAAAGUUUCACUUAGGAUAAAUGAUCUUAUGCCUAAUAUACCUGAUGAAAACAUUGUUUUAAAUCAAGAUUUUCAAAUAUUAAAUAUAUUAGAAUUUUCAAGUAAACGCAAGAGAAUGUCUGUAAUAUGUGCUGAUUCUGUUAUUUUGGAUCGAUUGCGAGUUGCUAAUGAGAAGGAUGCGAUUGACCAAAAGUUUGAUAAUGACAUUGACUCUGGAAAUCCUGUUGAUAAUAUUAAUAAUCACAUGGAGGAUAAUGAUCCUUCUCAAAAACAAAAAUUACGUAUUAAUACUAAUCUUGAUAUGACACGUAUAUUAAAUGAUGAUAAAACUGAUUCUCCUUCAUCGAUAAGAACAUAUGAAUCGGAUGACAAUUGGAUAUGUCAACAGACAAUGCGACAUCUCCAUGAAUUCGCAAUUGAAGGGCUUCGAACUUUAUUAUAUGCACACCGUUAUAUUGAAGAAGAAGAGUAUAUACCAUGGAAUAAACAAUUUCAAGAAGCAUCAAAUUUGUUGACAAAUAAACGGGAAAAACUUGAAGAAAUUGCUGAAUUUAUAGAACGUGAUUUGGAACUUACGGGUGCAACUGCUAUUGAAGAUAAAUUACAACGUGGUGUACCAGAAACUAUAGAUAAAUUACGUUUGGCUGGAAUCAAAGUUUGGAUGUUAACUGGUGAUAAACCUCAUAUAGUAGUAGUUAUAGAUGGCGAUGCAUUAAUGAAAAUCGAACAAGAUGCCGUAGUUCUGGAAUCAUUUUUAGAUUUCAUUAGAGAAAAAUUAAAAACUUCUGUUGUAACAUUAGCAAUUGGAGAUGGUGCAAAUGAUAUUGCAAUGAUACAAGAAGCGCAUGUGGGAAUAGGAAUAACUGGUCGAGAAGGUCUACAAGCUGCCAGGUCAAGUGAUUAUUCGAUUUCACAAUUCCGAUUCUUAGAAAAUCUUUUGUUCGUUCAUGGUCGAUGGUCUUACAUUCGAGUAUCAAAAUUUGCAUUGGGAACACUGUAUAAAUGUAUGUGCUUUUAUUUGACGCAAGGGUUAUUUCAAUUAUUUACAGCAUUUUCUGGAACUAGUUUAUACGAACAAUGGUCACUUGCCUCGUAUAAUACUUUAUUUACAUCAUUACCCGUAAUGGUUAUUGGAGUAUUUGAAAAAGAUUUGAAUUACGAUACAUUAAUUGCAAUUCCAAGUCUUUAUAAAAUUGGACAAGAAAAUAAAGAAUUUAACCUUAAAAUAUUUUUUUCAUGGAUGAUUGGAGCAAUUUGUCACGCUAUAGCUAUAGUAUCUGUACCAAUAUUAUUACAUGGAUAUUUCCAGGAUUAUGAAAUUAGAAUCGAGUUUUAUCAGGAAGCUGAGAAAGAUCCACAAUACUUAAAAAAACUUAUAGAAUGUGAAAAUAUCGAGAGUGAAGAUUUUUAUAAUGAGGAGAAAGAUAUUACAAAAUUCGACGCUAGUCAAAUUUUCAAAUCAUCGGAAGAUCAUAACUACUCAAUUACCGCAAAUUAUCAAAAUCUUUCUUCAACGACGAUCGUUGAUGAUAAUAUUGAUGGAAAUAUGACACGAAUGGUUUUUUAUGGGCGAAAAGGAUGUCGAAAAAUAUAA